CUAUGGAUUCCACAACUUCUUGAGAACUUCAUUCUUAUUGCAUUAGUUUGAAGCUACGUACUAGACUAAAUUCUUCCAUCUUAAUUGAUUAGUCAUUUGCUUACAUACUUCCAGAAAAAAAAAAUGGCUGCAUUCAAGUCAGUAGCUCUUCUUGCUUUGGUUGUUGUUGCUAUGUCAAUGUCAGGUAUUAAGGUAUCCGAGGGCCGAGUUGCAAGGAAGGAUUUGGGUAUUGAUCUUGGAGGAAUUGGGAUUGGAGCAGGAGUGGGACUAGGUUUAGGGCUAGGUGGAGGUGGAGGUGGCUCUGGGUCAGGGUCCGGAUCCGGAUCCGGAUCUGGCUCAGGUUCCGGCGGUUCUAGUUCUGCGUCAAGUUCAGCUUCAUCAAGUUCAAGUUCGACUUCUGGGUCUGGUGGUGGAGGUAGCAGUGCAGGCUCCGAGGCAGGUUCAUCUGCCGGAUCUCGGGCCGGGUCGGGGUCUUCAGGGAAAAAUACACAGGGUGGUGGACGUGGUUCGGGCUCGGGUUCUGGAGGGGGCGGGGGUUCGGGGAGGGGAAGUGGCUCUGGUAAUGGUGAGGGUUAUGGUGAGGGGCGGGGAUACGGUGAGGGCUCUGGCAGUGGAGGCAGCAACUAAAUAUAAAGAGUUCAUCAAUUGGGUUACUGAAUCAGCAAGCUAAAAGAAUAGUGAUAACAAUAAAUUGUGAUCGAGCACCUUUAAUUAAUUCUGUGUUGUAUGUGUUAGUAAAUAAGAUAGUUGGUGAAAUAUUUGAGUCUUGAUUAUCUGGUUCCGAUCCGUAUUUCAGUUGGAGGCAUCGAUCAGUACGAUUGGAUGUUCAGCCUGCAAAAAAUAUUUGUAUUGUGUGGCAAAAUUAAUCAAUCUAUAUAUUUUUAUAUAUUAAAAG